CUGCACUUAGUUCAUGCGAAAAAAGAUGUAGAGCCGGAUGAGGAGAAUACUAUUGCUGUGGUUGGUGUCUUUCUGGCGCUUGGCAAUAAUGCGGAACCUCUGCAAAAUUUGAGACCAUACAUAAUCAACGUGAAGAAUCCAGAAUCCGAGAAAGCAGUGCACGGCUUCAGCGUCCAUUCGUUCAUCCCAUCGCAUCCGGAGAAUUUUUACAGGUACGAAGGAUCACUGACGACGCCUAGCUGUGAUGAGAGUGUCGUAUGGAUAGUGAUGGCGGAUCCCAUUUCAGCCACUCUGCCUCAAAUGCAAGCAUUCCGCGAAGUAGUUUUCGGAUCGCUCAAAACUGGCGAGAACCAACGUCCGACGCAAUCGUUGAACGGUCGACGGAUUCAGUUCCGAGCAACCAAUUAUGCACUGUAUAAUAAUGCGGCAGCAGUGGAGUUUGGAAGCGCACUUAGACGCAUAAUAGCCAUAAUACUUCUCAUUGCUUGGCUUCCCAACAAUACGUAA